AUGGCAGCGCAACCUGGUCAGCGCCAUGUUGAUGAUUUGUUGUUUGGUGGAGACGCAGUGGCAAAACAGAGUUUGCUUGACCUUGGAAAAGAACUUGGUUUUGGUAGUCUUGAAGAAGGUGAAUUUCAAUACUGCGGAAAGAGAAUCAAGCAAGAUGUGCAAACAGGCACCAUCACUGUUUCGAUGGAAGAGUACCACUCCAAUCUACAUCCCAUCAAAGUCCUCACCGAGCGCAAGAAGGAUGUGCACAGUUCUUUGAAUGCUGGCGAGUUGAAGCAGUUGCGAGCUCUUUUGGGUUCCUUGCAAUGGUUGGUAGCACAAGUGCGUCUGGAUAUGGGCUAUCACCUCAGUGUGCUCCAAGGUGAGAAGCCGUGCGUUGGCACUAUGCUGCGUGCAAACGCCUUGCUCAAGCGCUUCAAGGACAAUCCAGGGUUCAGUCUAAAGUUUAAACCCUUGAACUUAGCUGAUGUUGGAGUUAUGGUUUUAACAGAUUCCUCCCUGGGAAAUGUUCGAGCGAAUAAUGGAUCGCCUGGUGAAGAGCCUCUGGAAAGACUGUACUCACAGUCAUGCUACUUUGUGCUGCUGGCUGAGAAAUCCUUGAUGGAGGGCAAGCGUGGUGGCUUUGCUGUGCUAGAUGCGCGUUCGCAUCGCCUACCGAGAGUAUGUCGAUCGACAUACGCAGCCGAGCUCCUGGGGACCAAAGAAGGUUUUGACGUUGGACAAUUUGUCCGUGGCCAUAUAGCUGCAAUCAUGGGGUACCCGCUCCUUAGCCGCAAUGUGGAUGCAAGCACUGACUCCAUUGGGCUGACUGUCGUCACAGAUGCGAAGGAUGUGUAUGACAAGGGCAGCAGCGAUACCCCGAGCUAUGGAUCACAGAAGUCAUUGGCCUUCACGGUGGCUUGGAUCCGUGGAAUGCUCCAGCGUGCCAACACAAGCCUGCGUUGGACCUCAACGGAAAACAUGUUCGUUGAUGCUGGAACGAAAGAUAUGGACUUAGAUCAUAUGCAUCGAAUUCUGGAUGAGUGCGAAUGGUGUGCCAAAUACACCUCUUCCUUUAUCAAGCAGACUAACAAAGGGAACAAGAUGCGCUCUGCCGAGACCUGUCCUGAGCCUUCAAUUGUUGGCGAGCCGGUUUCUCCGGAAGAUGCCCUACUGCCUCACCUGACAACCCUGAGCGAAUGUACAGGCUGGCAUGAACGUAGUGGCUAUGGUGUACAUGUAGCUAGGAAAGCCCGUAGCUUCCGAACUCCAUCUCCCCGGUUUGAGGCCACAGAUUUUCCUCACCGGACGACUUUUGCCAGAUUGGACUUUAAGAACGGUCAUUGCGAAUGGCGUAAGUUGGAAGAUCGUGAGAACUAUAUGGAUUUGCAGAAUCCCCAAGCGUUGUUUGGUACAACAGCAGCCGUUCUUGCCGGCAUGAAUCCACAAAAGAAGAAGAUGGACUGUGAACUGUCCAUGGAUUCAUGCAUGUGCCAAUCUCAUGCUGCGACUGCCGCCUUGACCCGAGAUAGUGCUACGCUGCAGGAUAAACCGGAUGUCCUUUUGAUCGGAAAGGGUUACUCCGAUGGUUGUGCUAGCUGCAUGGCCAAAUUGGUGGAGUGCUCCCGCGACAAGUGCAUGAACCAAUGCAUCAGCAACGACAAGAGCGCUGCCUGCACUGGUUGUGUGAAGAGAGGCUGCCGUCCAGGCAUGAAGGCUUGCAGUGGCCUGAAUGCUGGCGGCCACUGA